UGAAUCUUGGUUUCCAGGAAUUUAUCCCAGGCGACGUAGAAAACAAUGGAACCCUAUUAGACCGUUAAAAAGCGAAGAAUCCACCUGCCCACCCUGGGAGUUACACACAUCGCGUAUCUCGAACUGACUCGGAAAGUGAGCUUAAGUGGAUACACUACUUAAGUGAGCCGCCUUUACCUCGCUUCAGCGACAAGGUGGGAGAGGAAUAUCUUCAUCUUGCUCCAUCCGAGCAGUCUGGAAACCGAUCUUGAUCAAUUCCAGUGUAGAAGUUGGCGGGCUGUGUACGUACUGCAGUGUUUUCCCUGAAAAAUCGCAGUGUUUGCUGAUCAACCACCCCGUGAAAAUAGUUUUAGGGCGUUUCGUUGCUUCGAAGUGUGUUAUCAUCAAGGAGCGGACGUCGUAGCGAACCAUAGAGUGUCGUCAUGAAGAAAACUCUAGCCUAUGGCGUUGUAAUAACGUUUGCCUUAUCCUUAGGCUACGUUUACACCUGCAACGAAGCCGUGUGCGGGAGUGUCGUGAGCAAAUGCUUGCUCACCCAGUCUUGCAACUGCGAACUUUCCAACUGCACUUGUUGCAAGGAUUGUUUUAACUGCCUCAGUUAUCUUUUUAGCGAAUGCUGCUCCUGUGUAGAUAAGUGUCCUACGAACACUGAUCAGACCACCAAAAAACCCAAUCUGAUCGAAUCUUAUGUGGAAGACUUUUAUGAGCCAGUACCUGGAUUGUUCCAAGCUUUGACUGAAAAGGCCGAUGAUCAAAAUAGAUGGACUAGUGUGACAUAUCCAAUCGACUUCGAGGUUACUGAGUACACGCCCAAGAAGCUGGUCAAAGUGCAUUUCAACAGAACGUUAAUAGACUUAACCAACAUCAACCAGGUCCAGAGUCCUAUAUUGGUAACAGAAACGAGUGAACAAGACGUCCUCCCAAAAACGAAUAUUCUCACUCUUAACUGCACUGUGGCUUUUAUGUCUCAAUGUUUGAGUAAUGCAAAAUGCAAGUCUACCUGCAUAACGAUGGGGGCCUCGGGCUACAGGUGGUUCCAUGACGCCUGCUGCGAAUGCAUAGGGGAAAACUGUAUCAAUUAUGGAAUCAACGAGAGCAGGUGCAAGGAAUGUCCAAUGGAUAGUACACAAGAAGGAAUAUCAGACGAUGAAGAACCCGACUAUCCUGAUGAUGAUGAGGCGAACGAAACCAAUGUCAAUGACGAAAACGACUGAGGCCAAUUUAGAUUUAAACUAACAGGCCAAUAUGUUGUACCUAAGACUUUGUAAAUAUAUUCAGAAACUAGAUGAUUUGAGGCUUCUAGAGCGCAUAUUGUUUGUUGAGAUUUGAUUGUAAGUAACUUUUUGUUGAAAAAAAGCAGAAUAUAUUAUAGUAUAAUAUCCAAGUAAGAAAAAAAUAUUUUGAAAAUAAGAAUUAUUAACUGUUAAACAUAAUUUUGUCAAUGAGUAAAAUGAAAUAUGUACCAUAAUAUAAAUAUGUAAUAUUA